AUGAAGUCUUCAGGGAUUCUCGUCACAGCUAAGAGGGGCCUUCCAGCGCUCCGAGCGCCUCUAAUACGGCAACCCCGUUUCUUUGCCCGAGCGGCGUCUUCCUCGGCUUCUAAGACAAACGCCUCGGCUGCGAUCGUCACUUCGCGAACUCACCCUCGAAUACAUGUAUUAUCUAAUCGUCCUCCCCUCCCUGUUCAAAGCUGUCGAAAUUACGCUUCGGCACCGACAACGGGAUCCGAAUCUCUAGGCAAGACGGCCCUUUACGAUCUCCAUGUCUCACACGGCGCUAAGAUCGUGCCCUUCGGCGGCUUCUAUAUGCCGGUCCAGUACGCCGGGUUGAGCGUCACCGCUUCCCACCACUUCACCCGAAGCCACGCCUCGCUUUUCGAUGUCGGACACAUGGUCCAGCAUCGGUUCGAGGGUCCCGGCGCCAUUGCGUUUCUCCAACGAAUCACACCCGCCGGCCUCGAAAGCCUCAGCAUCAACUCGAGCACCCUCAGCGCACUGUUGGUCCCUGGUACCGGCGGCAUCGUCGACGAUACCAUUAUAACAAAGCUCGGCGAAAACUCCUUCUACGUCGUCACCAACGCCGGGUGCCGGGACAAAGACCUCGCAUAUCUAAGUGAGCAGUUAGGACAAUGGGAGAAAGAGGGCCGUCCGUCUGUUAACCACAAGGUCCUCGAGGGCCAAGGCUUAAUCGCACUGCAAGGCCCGCUUUCCGAGCAGAUCCUGGAAAAUAUCCUAGCCAACCCCAAGGAAACCGAUCUCCACGGGCUGUUCUUCGGGCAAUGCCGCUCCGUGACGCUGAAGCUCCAGGACGGGCGCGAGGUGUCCGAUAUACUAGUCAGCAGAGGUGGAUAUACCGGCGAAGACGGGUUUGAGAUCUCCAUCCCCGAGGAACACACCGUCGCCGUAACCGAAACGCUCCUACAGUCGGCCGGCCCGGAGAAAUUACAACUGGCAGGCCUGGGCGCGCGCGAUAGCUUGCGUCUGGAGGCGGGCAUGUGUCUGUACGGACACGACCUAAACGAAGACAUCACGCCCGUCGAGGGCGCGCUAAGCUGGAUCGUCGGCAAGGAGCGGCGCGGCGAGACGGACGUGUCGAACGGCGCGUUCCACGGCGCAAGCGUCAUCCUCAGCCAACUAACGCCCAAGAGCAAAGGCGGCGCGGGUGUCGAGCGCCGGCGUAUCGGACUAGUAGUCGAGGGAGCACCCGCGCGGGAAGGCGCCGAGAUCCAGGACGGGAGCGGCGCCAAGGUCGGGUCCGUGACUAGCGGGUGUCCGAGCCCGACGCUGGGCAAGAACAUCGCCAUGGGGUAUGUCAAGGACGGCCUGCAUAAGGCGGGGACCGAGCUCGUCGUUAGUAUUCGCGGACGUCCGCGGAAGGCCGUCGUGACGAAGAUGCCGUUUGUGCCGAGUAAGUACUGGAAAGGGAACGCUUAA